AUGAAUGACGGCUACUCUAAAUAUAAAAUCGAUGGAGUGAUCGUCGAAGAUUCGUUAGUUGGUGUGUACAGAGCCUACGAUCGUACUACCAAUGAAGUCGUCGCACUGAAAAAGAUCAAAAUUGGACGUCAUGGGGAAUAUGAACUUUGGGCCAAGCCUGCAGCCGAAAAUGAAAUCGCAAUGUUGAAAAAAUUGAAUCAUUCAAAUGUUAUUAAAUUAUUGCAUUCGUUUCAGACGAAUGAUUCUGAAAUUGCUGUACUAGUGCUGGAAUUUAUGGAAGCUGAUUUAGCGCGAUUAAUUGCUUGUCAUGAUAAUCAUUUUUCUCAUUCAGACAUUAAAUCAUUUAGUCAGAUGAUUUUGAAAGGCAUUGAAUAUAUUCAUGAAGCAGAAAUUAUACAUCAGGAUAUUAAACCUGCCAAUAUUCUAAUAAAUGAGUAUGGUAUUGUUAAAUUGGCUGAUUUUGGAAUAUCAAUUCAUUCAAACGAUCAAUGUCGAAAAAUGCAUCGUCUACCAGCAGCAUGGUAUCGUUCUCCGGAAUUACUGUUAGGUGACAAACAUUAUACAGAAAAAAUUGAUAUAUGGUCAGCUGGUGUAGUUAUUGCCGAAUUAAUUAAUCGUCAAAUAUUAUUUCCAAGUAAAAAUGAAAUUGAACAAAUAUAUUUAAUUUAUAAAAUGUUGGGACAGCCGGAUGAUGAAACAUGGCCAGAAGCAAAAACUUUGAAGCAUUUUCUUCAAUUUCAUGACGAUACAAUACAAAAAAAAGGACAAGAUUUUUGUGUAACAUUUCCUACAGCAAAUUUAGAUGAAAUUAUUUUAUUAAAAUCAAUGUUAACGAUGAACCCAAGAAAUCGUUCAAGUGCAAAAGAACUAUUAAACUCAAUAUAUUUCGUCAAAGAACCAUUGCCAACGAAUCCUCAAAAUUUACCUCGUUUAGCUGUGACACGACGACGUCAUACAAGACAUCCGUUCAAUAUGACAGAAACAAAUUUUGAACAGCAACAGCAGGCUGAACAACAGCAGCAACGAGAAAACGAUCAUUUGGAUUAUGAGCUAAAUGAACAAUUUACAGAAUUACUAUGCAUUGAGCGUCGUCUUUUUCAACGACUUAUUCAAUCAAAUGAACAACAAUUACGUUUUCGUAGCCGUUUACCAUUCAAUACAGUUGUCUUAUUUGUUCCUCAACAAGAAGCAUGGGUCGUAGAACGUAUGGGAAAAUUUUAUAAAACAUUGGAACCCGGUUUAAACAUUAUUUUACCUAUUAUCGAUAGUAUACGGUAUGUACAGAGUCUAAAAGAAAUUGCAAUUGAGAUUCCAUCACAAACAGCUAUUUCAAAAGACAAUGUUACAUUGAAUAUUGAUGGUGUUCUCUAUCUCAAAGUAUUCGAACCAUAUUUGGCCAGUUACGGUGUUGAAGAUGCCGAAUUCGCUGUGACACAGUUAGCUCAAACAACAAUGCGUUCUGAAAUAGGAAAAAUUACAUUAGACACAUUAUUUAGAGAAAGAGAAUUAUUAAAUGUUGGCAUUGUUGAGGCAAUUAAUAAGGCAGCAAAAGCAUGGGGGAUUGUCUGCUUGAGAUAUGAAAUACGAGACAUUCGUUUACCACCAAAAGUACAAGAGGCAAUGCAAAUGCAAGUGGAAGCUGAACGUCGAAAACGAGCGUCUAUACUUGAAUCCGAAGGUAUUCGUGAAUCCCAAAUAAAUAAAGCUGAAGGUACUAAACAAGCCGUGAUCUUGGCAUCAGAAGCAGUAAAAUUGGAGCAAAUAAAUUCGGCAGUUGGUGAAGCAGAAGCAAUUAAAACAAGAGCAAAUGCGCGUGCACAAGCGUUAAAAACCAUUUCUGAUCAGUUGGAAACGGAGGAAGGACGUAAUGCUGCAUCUUUACAAAUUGCUGAACAAUAUGUGCAUGCUUUUGGAAAUUUAGCUCGAACAAAUAAUACAAUAUUAUUGCCUGCUAAUACCGGUGAUAUGAGUUCUAUGAUAGCAAGUGCAUUAGCUAUUUACAAUAAUUUACAUUCGAAAGAUCGUCAAGGUUUUCUCACGCAUACCAAUGAUCGAACUGAGUUGUCUGCAACGCCAGCAAUAGAUGUGUCAUCAAAACAGCAACAGCAUUCAACAACUGAUUUAUCUUCGUCACUGCCAUCUAUGAGCGCCGCACCAUCAUCAUCUUCAUCAUCAACAGCAACAUCGGCGCAGCUAGCAACAUUAGAAGAUACGGUGAGUAUCGCACCGUGUUUUUUCAAUCAAGAAUUGUCACAUAUUGUAUCAGAUGAAAUUGAUAAAAAAUUAGCGAAUACUGUUUAUCAAGAACUUGGUCUGUGUAUAUGUUUAUAUGAUAUAUUAUCAAUUGGUGAUUGCAUUCUAUUACCGGGUGAUGCCAAUUUUCAUACAAAAGUAAAAUUUCGUUAUGUUGUUUUUCGUCCAAAUAUUGAUGAAAUACUUGUUGGAAAAAUUCGAUCGUCAAGUAAAGAUGGUAUUUCUGUGACAUUAGGAUUUUUCGAUGAUAUAUUAAUACCGUCUACAAAACUUCAGCAUCCAUCUCGAUUUACAGAAGCUGAACAAUUAUGGGCAUGGGAAUAUACCAAUGAAGAUGAAAAACACAAUAUGUUUAUGGAUAUUGGAGAAGAAAUUCGAUUUCGUGUUGUUCAAGAAAUAUUCGAAGAUACAGCACCAAAAGAAUUACCUAAUGCCGGUGCGCCAACAACAUCUUCAGCAAUUGAUCUAGAACAAAUUGAAAAGAAGGCACCCUAUUCAAUUAUAGGCUCGAUUAGUGAACAGGGUUUAGGAUUAUUUGCAUGGUGGACAACGUAA